UUUUUUUUUUUUUUUUUUUGCUGUUACACUUCUUUUUUUGUAACGGGGACACUUCCUCUUGGCCAGAAUGUUGUGGAAAUUAGCAGACAACGUGAAAUAUGAGGAUGACUGUGAGGAAAGGCACGACGGCAACAGCAAUGGGAACCCGCGGCUGCCUCACCUGCCGGCGGUCAGUCAGCACCUCUACAGCCCGUCUCCCUCCCUCUCCCACUCGGCCAGUUCGGACUUCCAGCCCCCGUACUUCCCUCCUCCCUACCAGCCCAUCUCCUACCCGCAGUCCACCGACCCCUACUCUCACCUCGGAGACCCGUUCAACAUUAACUCCCUCCACCAGACGCAGUCGUCCAACCAGCAGCAGCCGUGGCCCGGCCGUCAGGGCCAGGACGGGCUCGGCGCACACGCGAGAGGCGGGUUGGCGAGUCAGAUCCUCGGCCUGGAAGGAGGCUCAUCCGGGGCGAGGAGAGAAGGUUUCCGGCGGCCGGAGCUGCUGCCUCCACAUGCGCACAGUCUAGACUCGUCGGUUAUCGGCGAUAAUAUGGGAAUGCACGACAUGGGCCACGGACUGGAAGACGUACAACAUGUAGAUGACCACAGUAUUAUCAUGGCAGAUCAGACGGUCAUAAAAAAAGUAUUAGGACUACGAGGUGGCAGGAACCUUGAUCGCUUACAGAGGACUUAUUAUCAGGGGGGCAUUCUUGCGGGACCUGUCACACUUCCCAAAGGAAACACGCUGGGUCUUCCCUUCCAGAAAGAGUCCCUCCUGGGUAUGGUUUCAAACCCCACAGAGGUGUUCUGCUCUGUACCCGGACGCCUUUCCUUGCUGAGCUCCACCUCCAAGUACAAGGUUACCGUUGCUGAAGUCCAGAGACGCCUGUCACCCCCAGAGUGCCUAAAUGCAUCGCUGUUGGGAGGAGUUUUACGCAGGGCCAAGUCAAAAAAUGGUGGCCGCUCUCUGAGAGAAAAGCUGGAUAAGAUUGGGCUCAACUUGCCGGCAGGAAGAAGGAAGGCAGCCAACGUCACCCUACUCACCUCACUAGUGGAAGGUGAAGCCGUUCAUUUAGCGAGAGACUUCGGCUACGUAUGUGAAACAGAGUUCCCUGCGAAGGCGAUUGCUGAAUACCUGGGCAGGCCUCACGUGGACCGCAAUGAAGUUAACUCUCGCAAGAACAUGCUCCUCGCCGCCAAACAAAUCUGCAAAGAGUUCACAGACCUGCUUACUCAGGACCGUUCACCUCUGGGAAACUCACGACCGGCGCCGAUCCUGGAGCCUGGAAUCCAAGGCUGCCUGACCCACUUCAGCCUCAUCACUCACGGCUUCGGCUCUCCGGCCAUCUGCGCUGCCAUGACCUCGCUUCAGAACUACUUGAACGAGGCACUCAAACAAGUGGACAAGAUGUACCUGAGCUCUGGUAGCGACACCCAGGGAUCCUCAGACAGUGGAAACAAAUCUACUGACAAAAUGGACAAGCACAGGAAAUGAGACAAGAAUCCUUAUGAACUUGAACCUCCCUACAGUCCCCUAAUCGUGCUGCCCCCUUUGCCCUUUUUGGGCUUUUAAAAAAAUAAUAUUAGUAUUGUCCCUUUGAGAGCUGAAUACUGUAUGUGUGUAUGUGAAUUCAUAUAAUAUUUUUUGAUAAGUUAAGGAUUUAUAAGAUUUUAUCACAGAUGGCCGCAGUAUAUGAGAAAUCAGCCUUUGUUGGCACCAGUUGUUAACGCCCAUUGAUUGGUCCUAAUGGGAGCCCACCCUGUGAAGGCAUAAUGCGCACCAUACCAUACUAACCACUGUGCAGCUCCAUACAGCUGCUAAUGUGCUGAUGCUACAAGCAUGGGACCUGUACACUGUUGACAAAAGGAGGAAAAGAACAAAGUGCAUCCUGUUUUUUUCUCCCUAGAGGACAUCAUUUCAAGAUGAGUUGCUGUGGCUGUGAAUUCCUCUGUUUUUUCCCCCCUCCUGCUCUGUCUGGAGGCAAAUCCACUGAUUUCCUGUGUCUCAAUGGACUUGCAAAGGACAGUUUUUAUAUGAGAAAGAGAGAGAAGAAAUCCACUUCAUUUUCCUAAUUUUUUUGUGCUUGAUUUGUACGACCACUUCAAAAUCACUCCAGUGUUAUUGUGCUUUGUUCAUGAGAGUUGAUUUGAAUCUUAUGUAGGUCUGAAUGAGAAACAACGAUUAUUGGUUUGUCAGUCUGUGUUUGGUCAGAAAACCAGAGACUUUAAAGUCAGUAUAAUAGAAGCCUCUUCAGUGUUCAUGUGGAUUACAGGCAUAGCAAUGCUCCAUUGUUACUCUCUUUAAGACCUGGCAGUGGAAACACAUUACUUUUUUGUGACCACUUUGGGUAUUUAUCAUUCUUAGUAUUUAAAAACCCCAAGUUGUCAUCGACCCACUAAACUGAUUAAGUCCUGCCAGCGUGUGUGUAUGUUGUGAGAAUGUGUAAAUGUAUAUAUUUCUUUCUUUGAAAAUGUUUUUAAUUAGACAUUAAAUUCCAAACAUAGAAUUUUAUCCAGUAUCUGGUUCUGGAUGUAAAUAUUUUCUAAUUUAUGUUGUAAUUUAAUGGGCUUCUGUAAAUAAUGGUAUCAUUCUGGUGUAUGGUUUAACUUUUUAUGAUGACGUGUUAAACUUUUAUAAAUGGGUUAGUUUUUUAUCAAGUAGAGGUUAGGAAGUGGGCAUGAUAUACAUUUUUGGAAAUAUGUUAAAAAAAACAAACAAAAAAAACAAAAAA